AUGUCUCUCACCAACAAGCUUGCUAUCACCGAUGUCGACCUCAAGGACAAGCGUGUCCUGAUCCGGGUCGACUUCAACGUCCCCCUCAAUGACAAGAAGGAGAUCACCAACAACCAGCGUAUCGUCGGUGCCCUGCCCACCAUCAAGUACGCCAUCGACAAUGGUGCUAAGGCUGUUGUCCUCAUGUCCCACCUGGGCCGCCCCGACGGCAAGAAGAACGACAAGUACAGCCUGAAGCCCGUUGUUGCCGAGCUCGAGAAGCUGCUUGGCCGCAGCGUUGUCUUCACCGAGGACUGCGUUGGCCCCGAGGCUGAGGAGGCCGUCAACAAGGCCACUGGUGGCCAGAUUGUUCUCCUUGAGAACCUGCGUUUCCACGCCGAGGAGGAGGGCAGCUCCAAGGAUGCCGAGGGCAAGAAGGUCAAGGCCGAUAAGGAGAAGGUCGCUGAGUUCCGUAAGGGCCUGACUGCUCUUGGUGACGUCUACAUCAACGACGCUUUCGGCACUGCCCACCGAGCCCACUCUUCCAUGGUCGGUGUUGACCUUCCUCAGAAGGCUUCCGGUUUCCUCGUCAAGAAGGAGCUCGAGUACUUCGCCAAGGCUCUCGAGAGCCCCCAGCGCCCCUUCCUUGCCAUCCUGGGUGGUGCCAAGGUCUCCGACAAGAUCCAGCUGAUUGACAACCUGCUCCCCAAGGUCAACAGCCUGAUCAUCACCGGUGCCAUGGCCUUCACUUUCAAGAAGACCCUGGAGGGUGUCAAGAUCGGAAACAGUCUCUUCGACGAGGCUGGCAGCAAGAUCGUCGGCGAGGUCGUCGAGAAGGCCAAGAAGCACGACGUCAAGAUCGUUCUCCCCGUUGACUACGUCACUGCCGACAAGUUCGCUGCUGAUGCCAAGACUGGCACUGCCACCGAUGCUGAGGGUAUUCCCGACGGCUACAUGGGUCUGGACGUUGGCGAGAAGAGUGUUGAGCUCUACAAGCAGACCAUUGCCGAGGCCAAGACCAUCCUCUGGAACGGUCCCCCCGGUGUCUUCGAGCUGGAGCCCUUCGCCAACGGCACCAAGAAGACCCUCGAUGCCGUUGUCUCCGCUGCUCAGUCCGGCUCUAUCGUCAUCAUCGGAGGUGGUGACACUGCCACCGUCGCCGCCAAGUACGGCGUCGAGGACAAGCUCAGCCACGUCUCCACCGGUGGUGGUGCCUCUCUGGAGCUCCUUGAGGGCAAGGAGCUGCCCGGUGUUGCUGCCCUGUCGAGUAAGUAA